AUGACGCUCGUUGCGGGACGCCAUUUGGCCGUGGCUAGCCCCGAGCCGUCCAAAACGGCCGAGACGAUCAGCUACAUCUGCAAUCUCUGGGGAUUCAAGGAACAAACAAGAAUAAUAAAUCUGAAAUCCGGCAUAUCGUUCGAGAACCUCGCCCCGCUUCUGCACAGCCAGCUGGCACUGGUGGUGUUCGUCAGUCUGGAAUUCACCGAUAGCAGGUUCCAGCAGGAGCUGGCGUCUUUUAUGAAUGUACGCAACGGCACCCGCUUUAGCAUUGUUUCUGUCAUUGCCAAUAAGAACAACAUCGAGGUCAGUCUGAGACAGAGCCUGGAAAAGCUCAUCUGGCUGCGCGAAGUGCACCAUGGCGAAGUUCCGGCAACAGAAAACGGCCCGUCGUGCUCUGCUUCAGAAGAGCUUGAAAGUCACCGAUCGAAAGCCAAGAACAAUGGUGGUUGCCGGACUGCCGACCCAGACAUGGAAAGAUAUGGAAUUGUUUGUUCAGAUCUACGCAGCUAUCCACGACAUGGACUAUGUGACACCCGCAAUGGUCAAACUGGCCGCCGCGAAGGUGAUCCCGUUGCACAUCCGGUUGGUCAGCAAGCCGGAAAUGGAGCCUACGCUUCUCUAUGGCAGCGAUCCCAAAUUGGUGCAGCAACUGGUGAAUGCAUGGGACGCAGACCUGGUUGUUGA